AUGGAUCCAGUCCUGACACCAGAAAUGAUACAUAUCGGCCCUCGCCAUUAUAGGAAAAAUGCAUCAAAGCAAUGUUUUGUUCAGUCCUUUCCUACGUCCAUUAGUCAAAUCGACGAGGUUCCAGAUGCUGAAGAAGUAGAUAUAGAUGAAAAUGAUCCAGAAACUAUGGAAAUAAAUAGGAAAAUUAUGGUAGUUGAUAAUGGGUAUACCGCUUCAAUUAAGGUCCCACCGUUAUUUCACAAAUUCAUUGUUGGUGUUCAACACUCAAAAAAAAAACUGUUAGAAGAUGAAUUUCGUUGUUACAUUGAUAUCCCGAAUUCUGGUUCUAAUUCUUCAAUGGUCUCCGUUACUGCGACGUCAAAAUUUAACGUUUUAAAUGCAUGUCGUCGUAUUCUCUGGAUAGUGACUGAUGCACGUAAUCGCUGUCAACCAACUCAUUUCGUUUGUUUACCAGUUACUUGUUCGACCGUUAAAGAUAAUUUUAAGACAUUCAGACAGUCUGUUUUACAAGCUGCUAGUGAAUGUUCUUCUCAUGAUUUUAUGGGCGUGGAUAGUUCUAUCUUUCAUUCAGUGUCUACGUUACACUUCACUUUGGUAACUCUUGUGUUGGCUGAUGAAUCCGAAGUUGAAAAAGCAUGUGAAAUAUUAACGACUUUCUACAAAUCUCAAAGAGGUAUUCAGUUGUUUGCAUCUGGUCCUCUCAAACUGACUAUCAAAGACCUUGAAUAUAUGAAUGACGACCCUACUUCUGUACAUGUACUUUACGCAAAGCUGAUGGAAUCAUCGGAUUCACAAAGACUACAAACAAUUGCUAAUGAACUAUUCAAUCUACUUGCUGAACAAAAUCUAACCAGCACUGGGUCAUAUCGUCCGGAUAAUAAUGUAAAAUUACAUAUGACUUUGCUUAAUUCUAAAUAUCGUCAGGAAAAAAGCAAUCGUGACGCUUUAUUUCAAGGUUUCUCACCUAAUACUCGUACGUCGUUCAGCGUAACCGGGAUUUUAAAAAUUGCAGGAAAUUUUUACUUUACUGAAAAUCAGUCUUUUCAUCAAAUUUGUUUGUGUGAUCGUUUGUCAUUUGAUUCUUCAACUGAGUUUUAUAAAUGCUGUUGUAAGCUAGAGUUCAUUACUGAUGGUAUCCAUUGUUCUCACACGCUUAAAAUGUGA